UAUUUCUGUCUUAUCGACAAAUAUUAAAGGAUCAGUCACCAGACUGAAUCUGUUCAAAGAUCCAGAAAAAGAAACUGCUCAUGAUGUGAGGAAUCAACUAAUUUCUACUCGUGUCUUCAUUUGCGCGCUGAUUAUUUUAUUGGUAAUACUCAUCUUCUACACAUUAUUAGCAUCUGUAACACGCAUCACCACGAUCCAACAACCAACACUUGAUGAUUAUGCUUUACUACAAAUCAAAUAUUCGCAAACGUUAGCAUGUCCAUGUACUAAGCUGGCAAUUGAAUAUCAAAGUUUCAUUUCGUUCAAUCCAACAUUUCAUCAAAUAUGUCAAUCAGAUUUUAUAACACCAAACUGGAUACAGUAUCUAGGACACUCGUUAGUAAGCCAAAUUGCUAACAACGAUAUUCGUAGUGUUGGUGCACCAUUCUUUCGAACACUGUCUUCAUUCUGCGAUUUAUCGCUGGAAAGUAUUGAAAAUGAAUUAUCAGUAUUUAAUUCAACAAAAUAUGUCACCAAAAAUGUAUAUCAACAAGAUUUAUUUCAAUCACAAACUAAACAAAUAGUUGCUCUCUUCAUACAAAGAACAAUUAAUUCAUUUCUACAAACACUAUCCGUUGUUAGAGGAGCAAGCACUAGUAAUCAGUUAUUUUCUGGCCUGUUAACAAAUUGGAGACGGGCAACUACAGGCAAUAUCAUACUUAUUCCACAGUUUUAUUAUAAUGACACAGCAAAUUCUAGCAUUUAUUGUUCGUGUAAAAUAGAUCCUACGACCUGCGGUCAAUUAGCAGGUGUCUAUGACAUUUCAGAGUUGAUAAGUCCGACAAACCUUUUAAUCAACAUACCAAAUUUUCGCGUCGGUUGUUAUAUGGUUGAAGCAAUAUUUUCUUCAACAUUUGAAUGUUUUUACAAUCAAACAUGCUUCAAUUCAUGGAAUAAUUUAAUUUAUCCAGAGUCAUCUAACCCUUUUAAAGCUUCGCCGAUGAUUUGGUCUCAAAAUACAAGUCGGUAUCUACCGACCACAAAAGUACAAACAAUUAUUGAACAACUAAUGAUUGAACAGUGGAAUGAUGAAACGUCAUUUGAAUCCUAUUUCAAUGAAUGUAACCCUGAUAAAUGCGUUUACACAUACAAUAAACAAGCAGAUGUCAUAUAUACGAUAACAACAAUUAUUGGACUCAUCGGUGGUAUCACAACUGUUCUAAAAAUUCUGAUCUCACCAUUGGUUGCAUUCAUUAGACGUAAGAAGCGCCCUGUUAACCUUACACCAACAGAAACAGACGUAGAUAUACAAACAAUUAUUGAACAACUAAUGAUUGAACAGUGGAAUGAUGAAACGUCAUUUGAAUCCUAUUUCAAUGAAUGUAACCCUGAUAAAUGCGUUUACACAUACAAUAAACAAGCAGAUGUCAUAUAUACGAUAACAACAAUUAUUGGACUCAUCGGUGGUAUCACAACUGUUCUAAAAAUUCUGAUCUCACCAUUGGUUGCAUUCAUUAGACGUAAGAAGCGCCCUGUUAACCUUACACCAACAGAAACAGACGUAGAUAGUAAGUCCAGCAUCUUCUAUUAGAAAUUUAAAGUCACUAAGGAAUUUAGAAAGCAAUUUUCGACCUGAAUGCACAAAAAGUGCGCGUUGUAAUAAAGGACGGGAAACGGUUUCUGCUAGAAAAUCGCCCAAUAUGAUUUUGAGUGAAAAUGAUCGGAAAUGCUUCCCUUUUCACUUCCCAUUUUCAAAAAAAAUCCUUCUGAUGUCUUUGAAAAAAAAAUUACUUUACAUUUUUCGCCACCCGUUCAACAAAAGCUAUUUACCUUUUUCCGCAAAUUUCUCGAUAAAUCGAGUCUGUUAGCAGCAUAUUUCCAUAGGUCAUAUUAUUUGAAAGACGUAGUGUGCUCGUUAGGGAACGUGCUGUAUUCUGUAUAAAUUCUGUGAUGAAUUUAUUGGUUUGCAGUUGAAAUUGCUCAUUUGG